GAAAACCAGAUGUGUGUGCAUUGCGAAAUUUAGGGAAUUUUUGUUUCUUUCAGAGGAGCAGCUGUAUGAGCUUAACAUUCAUCGAAAAAUCUGAAAGACUUUACAACUUUACAAAAUGAUCAUUGUGCAGUUAGGAGUUAUUAUUUUCUUAUGUCAGGUACUUUCAUGUGGAUUUGCCGAAGAGUUGCCAUGCACACCUGGAUUUGAUUCCGAGUCAUUUGUGUUUAAAGUGCGCAGUGAUCACCUUGAAAGUGGCAAAAGACUCGGCAAAAUAAUCUUCAAUGCCUGUGAUGGAAGAUCAAGAUCAGUCUUUCAGUCGGGCAACAAGCGGUUCGCUGUGAGAACAGAUGGAAGUGUAAGAACAAAGACACUGGUGACUCUUAAUGAAGGACAAAUUAAGUUUAAUGUACACGCUUGGGACUCCAGUGGUAUGAAGCACACAACAUCUGUCAGAGUUGAAUGUACUGCUCACCAUCACACGAAUACUGCGGUGGAUGUCACUCAACAGAUUGAAUCCUCAGAUGAUGUGGUUAUGGAGUUUCCAAGGUCUUCAGCAGGUCUAAAGAGAGCAAAGAGAGGUUGGGUUAUUCCACCUUUGAGAGAAUCUGAAAACAAAAAAGGUCCUUUCCCACAAUUUCUGGCUCAGAUCAAGUCAGAUUUUGCAGCUGAAGUUCCAUUAACGUACAGUAUCACAGGUGAAGGAGCAGAUCUGCCACCUGUGGGUCUUUUCACAUGUGAUAAACUUACAGGAUCUGUUUAUGUGACGCAGCCCCUCGACAGAGAGAAAAAAGCUUCAUAUAAACUCAUCGCUCAUGCUGUUGGAGAAGGAGGCGUAAAAGAGAAGCCAAUGGAAAUCAUUAUUGAUGUGAUUGACCAAAAUGAUAAUAAACCUCAGUUUACUCAAAAUCCUUUUAAUGGAAAUGUUCCUGACGCUGCUCCUAAAGAUUAUGAGUUUAUGACGGUCACAGCCACUGAUGCAGAUGAUCCAGAAACUGAUAAUGCUGAAGUCAGAUACAAAAUUAUCAGCCAAGAUCCACCAUCACCAAAUCCAAAUAUGUUUGACAUCAAUGCUGUAACCGGAGGGAUUCGUGUGAACAGUGAAGGUCUGGAUAGAGAGAAAUGGUCCAACUAUACUUUAGUCAUAGAGGCUGCAGACAUGGAAGGAAACGGAUAUCCAACGACCAGCAAAGCUGUUAUUACUGUCACUGACAGCAAUGAUAAUCCACCUCAAUUUAAGAGAGGUUUCAUUAUUCCACCUUUAAGUCAACCUGAAAACAGCAGAGGUCCUUUCCCAAAAAUGGUUGCUCAUAUCAAGUCAGAUUAUGCUGCAGAAACUAAGUUGACAUACAGUAUCACAGGUGAAGGAGCAGAUCUGCCACCUGUGGGUCUUUUCACAUGUGAUAGACGUACAGGAGCUCUUUAUGUGACGCAGCCCCUCGACAGAGAGAAAAAAGCUUCAUAUAAACUCAUCGCUCAUGCUGUUGGAGAAGGAAGCAUAAAAGAGAAGCCAAUUGAAAUCAUUAUUAAUGUGAUUGACCAAAAUGAUAAUAAACCUCAGUUUACACAAAAUCCUUUCAAUGGAAAUGUUCCUGACGCUGCUCCUAAAGAUUAUGAGUUUAUGACGGUCACAGCCACUGAUGCAGAUGAUCCAAAUACUGAUAAUGCUGAUCUCAGAUACUCGAUUAUCAGCCAAGAUCCACCAUCACCAAAUCCAAAUAUGUUUGACAUCAAUGCUGUAACCGGAGGGAUUCGUGUGAACAGUGAAGGUCUGAAUAGAGAGAAAUGGUCCAACUAUACUUUAGUCAUUCAGGCUGCAGACAUGCAAGGAAACGGAUAUCCAACGACCAGCAAAGCUGUUAUUAUUGUCACUGACAGCAAUGAUAAUCCACCUCAAUUUAAGCAAACAGAGUACACUGUAUCUGUCCCAGAGAAUCAAGUUGGAGUUGAAGUUGCCAACCUCACAGUCACUGAUGGAGAUGAACCUGGAUCACCUGCCUGGUCAACUAAGUAUAAGAUUAUCAGUGGUGAUGAAGGAGGAUUUUUCAGUGUCAGUACUGGAUCCAGUCAACUGGAGGGAUUCAUCACCACUGUGAAGCCUCUGGAUUUCGAGGUGACCAAGCAGUUCAUUCUGUCUGUGAUUGUUGAGAACGAUCAUCCAUUUGCUGGCUCUUUGCCCACAUCCACCGCCACAGUCACUGUCAAUGUGUUGGAUGAACAAGAAUAAGAGAAGCAGAUUGGAUCAAUAAAUCACAGCACACAACUGUAAGAGGCUGUCAGUCAUGUGAGAGAUGAUGGAUUUAAUUGAUUUAGUCUGGAUUAUAAUCUCUGUUAUAUUCCUUUAUUAUAAUCAUCAUCACUAUAGCAAACAUUUUACAUGUUUCAUUUUUAAAAAAUCUUCCCUUUAAAAGCCUAAUAUUAGUGUUGUACAGUAUACUCUUUAGUUGUAACGCUGUCUGUCAACACUUUUCUGACGAUCUGUCCUAUUAUAAGGAAUAAAGUCCAUUGAUACAAUUAAUUAAA